AUGCACUCGAAUUGGACUACAAACGACUUCAUUAGCAAUCACUUGAUGAAUCGUCCGAUUAGAAGAGCCACGUGCCGAAAUCUGUUCGGCCAGCCAUCUGAACUGGACGUGAUGCUGGAACAUCAAAAAAUGGCGGCCAAGAUGGCGGAAACUGUGCGCCAAAAAACUGACCAAUACGAUUACGACUUUGAGAAUGACCGUCCUCUGAUUGGCGGAACGAAAUUCGAGUGGACCAUUGAGAAGCGAUUGCAUCUCAAUAUGGCAAAUGCUCGAGAUCUAAGAUGCAGGCGUCUGUUGAUCAAUAAUAACAGCAAUAAUAAUAAUAACGGUAAUAAUUAUAUCAAUGAUGAGAUCAAUAAUAAUGAUGACGAUUUUAAAAAACUGGACGAAAAUAAUUACGAAAAGUGCGUAGGUGGAGAAGAUAUGAACAGGAAGCAGUUGAAGAGGCGAUGCGUGGCUGAAGGUAUGGAAAACGUGAAAAGAAGAUGCAGUUUUAAACUUCCAACUGACGCAACAACAUCUAUUCAUAAAUCAACAACAACAACAACAACAACAACAACAAUAGUUUCCGACAGAAGGUCAACAACAUUGUCGACCACAAUUUUUCUUCCCGUUGCAACACCAACGCCAACAACAUCUGUCACCAAAACAACAACAACAUCAAAAUUAUUGUUAGCCAUUUCUACACCGGAUCUGAUUCAUUCUAAUAAUUCAACAACUGCCGCAUCUACUGCUGUUGCGACUGCUGCAACUGCUGCCACUACAACUACUGCUACCACUGUUACUACUCUUACUACCAAAAAUAAAACUGCAACAGCAAAAGUGACUGCAGACAGUAAUUUGUACAACAAUACUAACCGAGACCAGGCUUCAACAUGUUCAUCAUCAUCAAUCAUUGAAAAUGACAAUUGCAAACAUUUAAUCAUAUCAUCAUCAUCGUUGUUAUCACCAACACAAUCAUCAUCAUUUACACCAUAUCCUUCGUCGUCGUCAUCUUUGUCGUCAUCUUCAUCUUCCUUGAAAAUCACAACACAAACAAUUAAUCUAACGAAUCAGGUUUCAACUGUUCAGCAACAUCAGCAACAACAGCUACAACAUCAACAACAUCAACAACAUCAACAAACGAGCCAUCUCCACGACAAAAAUGAAACAUCCAAGAAACAGUUCAUCUCAGAUUAUUUCAAGGCCAAAAAGAUGAAAACGCCCCAAAAUAUGCACUGUUGAAAAUAAUUG